CUAAUCCUAUAUAUACUAAAAUGCUAACAGUAGAACUCUUUUAUGCUUCAGCAAAAUUGAGCCCAAAGAUCGAGUCUUUCUUUCUUUCUUUGUUCUCUGGGUCUGCUUCGAGUUCCAGAAUUUUCAUGGCUGACGCAAUGUUGAGUUCCGUUUUAGCUUUACUACUCAUUUCUUCAUGUACCCAUCGUGUUGAGUCCUCUGCAGAAGAGGAAGGGUUCAUCUGGGUGGAGAUAUCCAAUAAGGGUCUUGAUUUUGCCAAGAACAUCUUCAUUAACACUGCGGAAUCUUCUUUAGUUCCACUUGAACUGCCUGAUAUUGAGAAGUCUGUGGAUAUCUCAGUUUUGGGAACAGUUGAUAUGAUUCUUUCUGAUAUUACUAUAAACGCAAUUCAGGUGACUUCCUCAACUGUUAGCACUGCAGAUUCUGGUGUAAUUUUAACUGUUUAUGGCGCCACUGCAAAUUUGAGCAUGAACUGGAAGUAUUCAUAUUCCACAUGGUUGUUGGUUCCAAUUCAAGUAUCCGACAGCGGCCAAGCUUCUGUUCAGGUUAGUGGCAUGGAAAUUGGACUUACUCUCAGUCUUAAGAAUCAACAAGGAUCCCUUUCACUUUCACUUGUGAAAAACAAAUGCUCUGUGAAAGAUAUAUCAAUAAAUUUGGAAGGUGGAGCUUCCUGGCUAUACCAAGGGGUAGUUGAUGCUUUUGAAGGUAAACUAACCUCUGCUGUUGAAGAUGCUAUUUCGAGUAAAAUAAACGAGGAAGUUGCAAAACUCGAUUCAUUGUUGCAGUCCCUUCCCAAGGAAGUUCCAAUCACUAGUAUUGCCACUUUGAAUGUUACUUUUGUUGGUGACCCCGUGAUAAACAAAUCUUCCAUUGCUCUUGCAAUCAAUGGGCUAGUAAGUGCGAGGGAUGAAGAUGAAGAUGAAGAUGAAGAUGAUACUCUUUUCCAGAAUCACCACAGAGCUCUAUAUAAUCUGAUUCCCUCCAAGGGUCCGGACUAUAUGUUUACAAUUUUUCUGCAUGAAAUUGUUAUAAAAUCAGUACUAUCCGUUUAUUACAAAGCCGGUAAGAUGCAUUGGAUUGUUGAUGAAGUACCUGAUCAGUUCCUUUUAAACACUGCUCGGUGGAAGUUCAUCGUCCCAAACCUAUACAAGCAAUACCCGAAUGAUAACAUGAACUUGAAUAUUUCCAUAUCCUCUGUACCAAAUAUCGAAAUAAAAGAACAGCAGAUUGAUGUGACGGUUACUGCAGAUGUGAUUAUUAAUGUUCUGAACGACACUGAAGCUGUUCCCGUUGCCUGCAUUUCAGUGGAGAUCACUGGUUCGGCUUUUCCAGAGAUUUCGAGUAAAGAUGUGACUGGUAGUAUUACAUUACACGAGCUCGCGAUGUCUUUGGUAUGGAGCAAAGUUGGUGAUCUUAACAUUCCUGCAAUCGAGAGUAUAGUGCUUAAUGUACUGAGGACUGGGGUGCUACCAUAUGUGAAUUCUCGACUUGGGCAAGGAUUUUCAGUGCCAGCUUUUUACGGUUAUACACUCCAAAAUACAGAAAUUUUGUGCAGCGAUUCCUGGAUUAUGGUUAGCAGCGACGUGGCACCAACUAACCUUGAUAGCGGAAGCAUAAGAACGACCACCUUCAGCUAAAGUUGUUAUCUUUAUAGUGUUGGUUAAAGAACUAUAGAAGUUUUUUUUACUAUUUAAUCUCUUGUGCAACUAGAUUUAGUGUAAAAACGGUAACAGAAGUACGGGGAGGACUGUGCUUAAAUAGCUUAUAGACUACAUCACCGGAAAUAGUUAUGUCCGUUUCAAAUCACAACAUAAUGACCUAUUAAACUUACAUCAUUUAAUAGUGUCAUAAUAGAAGAUUUUAGAUUCUCCCACUUGGUGCGAGUAUUAACUCAAAGAAACAGAAAACAUGGAUCAUAGAGAUAGUU